UGCUGAAAAAACCCUGAGAAGCCUGAGAGAAAUCUUUAAUCCAAAGAAACUACACCUGAAGCGUGGAUAUCUUUACUAGACAUUCACCAAACUCUGAGAAAUGACUACCCGACCUUUACGGCGCGAGAAGUUACUCCUCACCUACAAGAUCAGCCAUGUUCAGGAUGAACGCUAUGCUGAUCUGCUGGAGCCAGACACCACCCUGGAGCUGUUUCUCACCAACAUGAGAAACCGUUCUCUGCUGGCUGUCAGCAUUGACUCAAUGACUAAAUCGGUCUUGAGCCUCUACCACAGUCUGCUGACGGGAUCCAAGGAGUUCCCCGUGAUCGAGGCCGACGUUCACAUGAACCUGAUGUUCGUGAAUACGCUUGACGAACAGCUGAAGCAACCCAACUGGGAGAACGCCCCACCAACGGGCAUGCUGCCCCCGGCUCGUGGCGUCCGUACUCGAAAGAUAUUCACUCCAGCUAUUCCUGAAGAGGCGGAUAUGGAAGUGCUCAAGGGGGACCGGAGGAACUGCAUUCGCACUAUGGAGUUCAGAUUUGGGAACGUAUACACGCGAGUCAUCUCCCCUGUUUACCGGUCCCAAGACAGAGAGCUACCAAACCGCUGGAGAGUCACUGACUACGACACAUCCGGCAAGCUUGUCAUGUCUACCCUCUGCCAGUUCAAGAGAUGUUCGGUCCAGCUGGCCAAGUCAAAGAGGAAGCGGGAAGAAGACUGCAGCACCACCACCAGCAGCAGUUCUUCUCCUCCAAAGAAGAGAGCUCGGGUUUGAAUCCUCUCAGGAGGAUUCAAAUCCUACAAGGAGCUACAAAGACAAGAUCAGCUCCUAACGUGCAAAGAGACACGAAAACACCAUCUACUGCAACCUCUCUCUUGGUAAAUAUGUUUCCCCAUUCCUCAAGAGAGAGAAGAAGAAACUAGACGAGACGCGACGAGAGGAAG